AUGUCGCUCAAUUGCUACAGUCCGACGAAGCGGCGCGCCGCGUCGCCCAAGAAGUCUUCUUCAGCCAAGUUCUCUGAGAACGAGAAGCCCUACGCGGCUCUCGAUGAGACGCAGCGCUCGCACGCGUAUCGCUACAAUAUUGGAAAUAACUUCUAUCGCGAACAGUUCGACAGUGAGAGUGCCGCGAAGACGCAGCAGCGCGUUCAGACCGGACCUGCACCUGCGGAUAACGGUUCCGACAAAAGUCUUCCUCCCAAGCCGGAGAUCACGUCGCCACCGAACACUACGAUCACUAUGUUCAUGGCGCAAAUGAACCAACCCGACUCACCGGCGAAGGAAGAAGACCUGAAGCUCGUUCCCGAGACUGAGAUCGAGGAAAUGCCUACAGACCGCGCCCUGAUCGAGAGUCGCAGCGAAGCCAGGCUCUUUCGUAUGAUGGCACAACCGGCAGACACUCCCAUGCAUACUGCUACGGAACCUAGCUCGGAGGAUGAUACGCCGCCUAACGUGCCUCGCCAACACUCGGUGAAGUCCCCAGCCCAUCGCCGCAAGGUGUCAUUGCCAGACAACGCCAAGGUCUCCUCUUCCAAGGAUCUACGUCGCGAAGCCGCUACACGCCGCAAGCCAGGAAAGCUGGCGUUCAGCCUUCCGAGUAUCAAAGGCCCCGCCAGCUCGUCGGCCGUAGGCGAUCAGUGUCGCGCGUUGGUGGACCUCGACAUCCCAACCAAAGCUGCAAGAUUCCUAGGCACCGCUACUACCGCAGACCCUCACAGCGGCUCUUCCAAGUGGACUCUGAACUUGGGCCGCCGCAAGACCCAGCGCAAGCGUUCCAACACCACCAGUUCCCUUCCUGAGACAAUUCGUGAGCAGGAUGAAAAGGACAUAACGGCGCUACCUCCUAUUUUCCCGGUUAGCACUUCAGCGACGCUUGAUCAGAACACGGCUUUCGAGGACGGCACAGUCCGAAUUGCUAUUGACGCCCAUAGCACCGGCCGCCAGUUUGCCCGUGACGAGUCCAACCCAUCCCUCCCGCCUACACCUCCUGCCAAAGAUACUCCGCCUGCUAUCCGAGCGGCUCUUGACGCUCUUGUCGGGAAGUUUGAGGGUGGUCUGAGUGGCCUGGGAAUCGACACGGCGAAGGACUAUGAUGAAGUGUCCAGCAUAGACUUUGGUGACAAGGCGCUGAAAGAUGAGAAGAGCCAAGCCUGGGUCAAGCAUGGAGUGGCUGAAUACGCAAAGUUGAUAGAGGCUUCUCCAAGUUUGCACUCUAUGAAAGCCAGCGUGGUCGAUUCUCCGGCGUACAACAUGUAUGCCAAAGAGCAGACUCCACGUCUGAAUAUCUCACGUACCGACGGUCUCAGGGCGGAUGGCCUGACAAAGGAAGGAUAUCUCCCGCAGGCGGUUUACAAGCCGCACGACUAUUCUCCCUCGGUCUAUUCGACAUUGUUCAAGACGCCAGAUCUGAAGGAACGUGGAAAUAAGCUAUAUUCCGUCAAGCCCACGCCCGCUCUUCGUACCAUCGCCGACUCGUCACCCACCCACGACAACCUCGACACUCCGACGAAGUCCAACAACGACUGCGCCGACCGCCCCACCAACGCUAACGAUAGCUUCAGCUCAAAGGAGUCUUUGCCUAUCGUAUACCGCUUGUCGCAAGGUGAGUUCAUCUUCGAGGAUGAGGGCGGCACCCAGCUCGUAGGCGAGAAGGAUCUCUUCGCUCGUCCACUCCGCGCCUCAUCCUUGAACUGGCAGAAGCACCCGCCGCCUGGCGCGCGUCUUUCCCUUAUCCCCGACACAAUCCGUCGUACUUUAGAUAUCCCAAUGACUUCCAACCGCACUGCAGACUCAGGUUUGUCAAACAUGACAAGCAUCAUGCGCGACGCCCCGCAGCAAGCCCACCACGAAAGCGUGGCUGAGCGCAACCCUGCUCCGAACGGCACCGAUCCUGCAACCGAUGGCUCCGAUGGAGUUCAUUCGAGCCCCGACGCGCCGCGCAACGGCCAGCCCUCCGGCCAUGCAUUCACUCGCUCGAUCGGAUUGACGCCGUACUUGGCCCAGCAGCUCGAGAACAACCCGAACCCCAUCAGUCCUGGCUUCCACCACCCAAGUGCUGUGCCGUCCCCGCUUACUGGGCCCUUCCCUCCCACCUUGCAACCCGGUAUUCCGACUCACGAACAGCUGCUCACGCACUUCCAUGUGCUGCACUAUCAUAUCGAGGAGUCCUUCCGUGCGUUUGGUGAGGUUCAGAAGCAUGAUAAAGAGGAUAUCGUUGGCGACAGCGAGAAGAAGUUUGGUGAGAUGCGUAAUGCCAUGGACGAGUACUUUGCGGACGUCCGCUCUCACCUCAACGCCAUUGAGCACAACAUGGGCCGCGCUACUGGCGAGACGGAGAACUUAAAGCACGCCCUGGAUUCUCAUGCCCGCGCCAUGGACGAGCACGUCUUCAAGCCCAUGAGGAAGAUCACCGGCCAGAACACGGAGCUAAUCAAGAAGAUGGACAAUCUCCAGGACCGCAUCAGCCAGCUUGAGAAGAAGUCGGAGAACACCCUGCCUGGUCAUGCUUUGACCGACAAGAACAGCCAGGGUCCUACACAGAACCGACCUAUCAUGGAGGGCCCGUCUGCGUCCUUCGCGCACCAGUGGGGCAACUACGAUGCCUCUCGCCAUAUGUUGUCCGGCCAGCAGCAGGAUCGUCCGCCGUACACUGAUGUUGGUGGCCGUUACUACAAUGGUGGCGAUGGUGCUCAGCACCACAACUAUCAGGAUGGCUAUAACUAUCCCGGCGGCGGCUCUUCGUACAACAACUACGUGCGAUGCGAAGGCGCCACUGAUGGUGGUGAGGAUGCUGUACGCAACGAGCAGAUUGCCGAUGGCCAUGACGACGUAGACCUCGACCAAUACGCGACCACGGAUGCCACCGCCAUGUCAUGUCCGACUUCUGACUAUCUUCGAGCGUAUACCCACGGCCAAAGCAACCGCAUUCACGACUACAUUCUCAAUAGCAUUAUGUUCACAAUGUUCAGCCGCAAUCAGCUUUGA